UGUAGCUAGCUAUGGCGAAUAUGGCAGGAGCACAAGCAAACUUUAAAUCAGUGACACAUGUUCUGUUCGAUAUGGAUGGAUUAUUAUUAGAUACGGAGAGGCUGUAUACGGUUUCCUUCCAGGAGAUAUGUGACCGGUUUGGAAAAAAGUAUACAUGGGAAGUUAAGUCAUCAGUGAUGGGCAAAAAGGCAUUAGACGCGUCACUUAUCAUCCGAGAUUCUCUGGAACUACCGAUGACGCCAGAAGAACUUCUUCUGGAGAGUAGAAAAAUACAAGAAAAAAUAUUUCCAUCAGCAGAGCUGUUGCCAGGUGUGAAGAAACUCAUCCAUCAUUUGCACAAACACAAAAUCCCGAUAGCCGUCGCCACAAGCUCUGCAGGACAGACAUUUGAGUUGAAGACCACUCGCCAUAAAGAAUUCUUUCAGCUGUUCAGUCACGUUGUUCUUGGAGAUGACCCAGACGUAAAGAACGGCAAGCCACAACCCGAUGCCUUCCUGGUUUGUGCCAGUAGAUUCAACCCACCAGCUGUGCCAGAGAAGUGCCUGGUGUUCGAAGAUGCUCCAAACGGUGUCCUGGCAGCACGUGCUGCAAAAAUGCAGGUGGUGAUGAUCCCCGACGACAACCUGGACCGCAGCCUAACGCAAGAGGCCACGCUGGUGCUGAGGACAAUGGAAGAUUUCAAACCAGAGCUGUUCGGCCUUCCAGCCUAUGAUUGACACCACGGGCCGUGCACUGGGGCAUCAUGGGAAAAGUAUCAGGGAAACGUUUAUUUUGAUUAAAUUUUUAAAUCAGCUGUUAAAAG